UGUUGUUGUUUGCUGUUGUUUGUUAUUAUAUACAAUUGCUUAUCAUAUACUCUUCUUUUUCUCUUAUUACAAUCCUCUUUUAAUAAUCCUAUCCCUCCUCCGAGGCCAAUCCUCUUCGCUUCACUCUUCAUACCGCGUCAGCCCAAACCCUGCGGCGGUCAGCGUUCUUCGGUUGGUCUGACGCCGGACUUCCGCGAUUUGUCCUUCACCGCUUCUUCUCGGUUUCUUCUUCGUAUUCUUCUUCUUCUUCUUCGUCUUUAUAUCUUCUUCUUCUCUACUACUUCUUCUCUCUUCCUGGCUCAUGCCUCCUCCUCCCUCCGCUGAUUCUCCAUGAGCGACUCCUCGAGCCCCGCCUCCGCCAACAGGCAGAUCACUCUGCCCGAUGCUCAUCCGGCCUUCGACAGCGACCAUCUCGAGGACGCCAGCGACCUCAAACGUCGCCGUAUCGCCCGCGCCUGCGACUGCUGUCGGAGAAAAAAGAUCAAAUGCGACGGAAGAAUACCUUCCUGCACAAAUUGCAUCAACUACAAAACAAAAUGCGUCGUCACCUACGUCGAGAAGAAGCGGAAUCCUCCUAAAGGGGCUAAAUACAUCGAGUCCCUGGAAUCUCGCUUAGAGCGCAUGGAAGACCUUAUCCGCUCCCUCGUCCCCGAAUUCCAGCCCGACGCCUCAGAAGUCGACCAGGCUGAUCUCGAGCAAGCCGUCAUCUCUCGUCUUCGUCAGGCCGUCGGCACUCCUUCCGCCGCCGAGACAUUCAUCAUGCCUCCCCUCAAGGAGGAAUCCAAUGCUGACUCUCCUCUCUCAAUGAGUCCCGCCGGCCCCGUCGACCACGACAGUGCGGGACCCGUUCCUACUCACUUGAGCGCUACCGACAGCGAAGACGCUGCUCACGAUGCAGCCGACCCUCCCGAGCGCUCUUCCACAGACUCCACCGAAUCCUCCCCUACAUUAACAAAGUCAGCAACAGCAGCAGCAGCUUCAACUACCACCACCACAGCAACAGCCUCCGCCGCCAAGGCUCCUGCAGAUAUGGCGGCACCCUCGCGCGUGCUUUCACGAGUAAAACGCGCCGAUCCUACAACCCAGCCAGAGAAGAGCAACAUGUCUCCGUUCGUCAUCGCUUCGAGCGACGGCGAGAGCAAAUUCGUCGGCUACUCCUCCUCCUUCUCUCUCUUCUCCCCGCGCGGUCUGCAAUGGAUCCGAGAAAAGUCCGGCGUGAGCGACGUCGCCGAGCGAUUAAGCCUCCUGAGAGACUGUCAGAAUAAUGUGGAGGGCGGCGACGACGACAGCGCGCCUGCGGCAUCGUUCUCCUCUGCAAAUCGUACGAGUCCGUUCAUUGUCCCUCCUGGGCUAGACUCGCCUACUGGUACGUCGCCGGUGUCGAUGGUGACUCCGUAUGGAAAACUGACGCUGCCGCCCCGGGAGACCUCGCUGAGAUCGAUCAGUGCGAUCGACGAGCACAUCUAUCCGAUCCUGCCUAUUUUCAGCCGCGAAGAGUCGAUGCAGAUCUUUGAUCGGGUGUACUCUGGCCAGCCGUACCGGAUUCUCGACUACGCGGCCAUCAAUGCCAUCAACGCGAUCGGCAUCCGGUCUAAAGUGAUGUCGAUGUCGAAACAGAUGGACCCGGCGAUGUCACAGGAGUUUCGGGAGUCCGGCAGCGGCGACGAACCGCGGCCAAAGCAUCCAAACAUAGGCGGCCCGCAUCCGAAUCCGGAGAUGCAGCGCGUCGUCGACACCGGCUGGGGCUACUUCACGAACGCGCUGCAGUACCUGAAAGACAUUGUGGUUGGCAACAGCAGCGUGACGGCGGUGCAGACGCUGCUCGCGCUCGCGCUGUAUCUAGAGGGAUCAGACUCGGCGGAGAUGUCGUACAUGAUUGCGGCGAACGCGACGCGGAUGGCGCUGUGCAUCGGUCUGCAUAUGAACACGAGCGGGUACGGGCUGACGCAGCGCGAGAUCGACCGGCGACAGCGGAUUUUCUGGAUCUGCUAUAUAAUUGACAAGGAUAUGACGCUGCGCACGGGGCGACCGCCGUUUAUGUCAGACCAGGAUAUUUCGACGGAGGUGCCGUCGCCGGAGCAGAAGGCGAUUGUGCCGACCGAGGUUUUCUUGUCGCUGAUCCGGUUCUCGCUCAUUCAGAGUAAGACGUAUAAUCGGCUAUACUCUGCGGCCGCGUCGCGGCUAUCACAGAACGAGCUGCUGGACGCGAUCGGAGAGCUGGACAAGGAGCUGCUAGAGUGGCGAGAUUCGAUGCCGCUACGAUACCGGCCCGACCACGAGAUCAUCGAGCAGGACCCGCGGCGACUGGUGCAUUUUAUCUACAUCCACCUGACGUACUACAACUGUCUGACGUCGAUCCAUCGGAUGUCUCUGCACCAUCCGGCGUGGCGACGGCAGCAGAUGGCGCCAGCUACGGCGGCGCAGGGGAUUCCGCGAAAUCCGCGGGUGUUUGCGUCGGCGGCGUUGUGUGUGCAGGCCGCGCGGGCGACGAUUUAUUUGCUAAAGUACUUUGAUAGUAUGGAGUACUCGUGCGGAUGGAUGGUAUUGUAUUUCUCAAUCACGUCGUUUGUGAUUUUGUUUGCGAAUUGUUUGGAGAACCCACAGCAGCCGUCGUCGAGGUCAGAUUUGGCGCUGAUGAGUUUGGUGGUGAGGUUUGUGAGGUUAGUGCUGGAUGGGACUAGUAAUGAGACGAUGGGGGCGCGGACGAUGCGGUUCAUGACGGAGACGGUGAAGAUUGCGACGGCGGUGAUUGAGAAUGCGGAGAGUGCGAGGCUGCAGGCGAAGAAUAGAGGGGAGGGCGCUGAGCCCUCUCAGCAGCAGCAGCAGCGUGCUCAAGAGCAGCAGCAGAAGCAGCAGCAGCAACAGAAGCAGCAACAGCAGCAGCAGCAGUUGCAGCAGCAACAACUACAGCAACAGCAACAACAACUACAGCAGCAGCAGAUGCAAUUGAAUCAAGAACUCGCACAACAGAGUUUACUCGUUACAGACUUUCCUACCGGAGAUCGGUAUACCGAUUAUGCGCAGUCGUUGCUGGCCGGAUCACAGCAGUCUGGAGGACAGACACCAUCAAACAAUCAGAUCAAUAUCCCGUACGUGUUUGCGGGAUCAGGGAUGGGCACGGAUUUGAUGGGUAUCUAUCGAAGUUUCCCGAUGGAAAGCGUUGUGUCUUCGCCUACGAACUGGACGCCAUCUACAGGAGGACACCGGCAAUCACAAGACGGGUCUUCGUCAUGGACGACGGCGCAGUUGCAGCUCAAGCAGCCGCCGACGCCGCUGGGAAGUUCAUCUUCAGGGUUUGGAUUACGGGAAGCAGAUGGCGAAGGACGGGGUGCGGCGGAGACGGUGAACAGCGCGAUCGCGAAUAGUACGCUGGGGAACGCGAAUGUAGUUGCGGACGACCAACUGUCGCCGUUUUCGGUGAGCGGCGGGAUGCCGAGCAGGCUGGCGAACGCGGGGGAUGAUAUGAUGGAGGACUUGGAGCCGUCGAUUAUACCGAAGGAGAUGUGGACGUUCCCGACUACGUUCUCAUGGGACUGGGGGAGUGGGAUUAUGGGGGGAGAAUCGAUUGUGGGGAUGAAUGGGGUGGAGGAUGAGGAGGAAAAGUAGUCGGACUAUAGAGAUGAGAUAAAUGUUGUAAUUAAAGGUCUAUGUCUGGAUGGAGAGCUACAAUGUAUAAUAUAGUAUUAAUGAUAGCUAAUUGAAAUAAGUACAG